AUGACGAGGCUCCUCUUGGCUUUAUUUGCGGUGGUAUAUUUGACUUCAGCGCAGUCACAGAUUAGUCCAAUAUCCCUUGAGGAACUUGGAUCGGACAUUGGAAUUCAGGUGUUCAAUCAAGUGGUGAAGACUAAACCUCAUGACAAUGUGGUCAUAUCCCCUCAUGGAAUUGCUUCUGUAUUGGGAAUGCUUCAGCUGGGCGCUGAUGGAAAGACAAAAAAACAGUUGACAACAGCAAUGCGCUAUAAAGUGAAUGUGGUUGGUAAAAUAUUAAAGCGAAUCAACAAGGCGAUAGUAGCAAAGAAGAAUAAGGACAUUGUUACCACAGCCAAUGCUGUGUUUGCCAACAGUGGAUUCAAGAUGGAGGGUCCCUUUGUCAGCAAGAAUAGAGAGAUUUUUCAGAGUCAUGUGAGAAAUGUUGACUUCCAGGACAGGAACACAGCUGCUGCUAUGAUCAACCAGUGGGUAAAGAAUGAAACAAAGGGCAUGAUCGACAACCUGUUGUCCUCUGAUUUAUUGGAUAGCUCCCUGACGAGGCUAGUAGUAGUCAAUGCACUGUAUUUCAAGGGACUUUGGAAAUCUCGUUUCCAACCUGAAAACACAAAAAAAACGAACUUUCCAUGGACCAGAUGGCAAAUCUUCUCAAGUACCAAUGCUGGCCCAGCUUUCCCUAUUCAGGAGUGGGUCAGCCAGUACUCCUAAUGGCCUGUGGUACAAUGUGAUAGAGCUGCCUUAUCAUGGUGGAAGUGUCAGUAUGUUGGUGGCACUGCCUACUGAUGAAAACACCCCUCUCUCUGCGAUCAUCCCACACAUCAGUACAAAAACCCUGCAAAGUUGGAUGACCAUGACACCGAAGAGAGUCCAGCUCAUUUUACCCAAGUUCACAGUGGAGGCUGACGCUAAUCUAAAAGAACCUCUGAAAAACCUUGGCAUCACUGAUAUGUUUGACUCGUAUAAAGCCAACUUCACAAAGAUUACCAGAGCAGAACAAGUUUAUGUGUCACAUAUGUUGCAGAAAGCUAAAAUAGAGGUUAAAGAAGAUGGUACAAAGGCCUCUGCUGCCACUGCUGCAAUUUUAAUAGCAAGAUCAUCUCCCCCCUGGUUUAUAGUGGACAGACCGUUUUUGUUUUUCAUCAGGCAUAACCCAACAGGUGCUGUGUUGUUCACAGGGCAAAUAAACAAACCAUAA